CCAAAGAACAUUUUCACCCUUGUCACCUAGCAGCAAUGAUGACUAAGCCCAAACACACACAAACUCUUUCAAAAUUGGUUUGCCAUUUCCCUUGCUCCAACAAUUGGUCCUGUUCCCACUGCCACUGGUUCUUCUCCAGUCGUUUCCCUCCAGAAAACACAAAGUAUCCUUCCAUAGCACCACUUGUGUUGAUUCCUGGGAAGCAUCCAUUCUUGACCACUCUAGGUAUCAUCGCUGCAAGCGUCCAGCUAUAUAGAUCCCUGAUCCAAACUUGCCCAUGAGCAGAGGGGCUUCCAUGAAUGCGAUCAGCCUUGACGACUGGGAGUUCCUGCCUGACCACAAGAGCUCCUACUUCUUCUUGGAAGAGGACUGGAGCAAUGGCGGGCAUGGUGCUGUCGGCGGUAAGGACCAGCUCUUGCUCGGCGCCGAGCUGGUCGUGAUCGACAUGGACCACUUCGCCGCUGCAUCUCACCCUCCUCCCUACGAUUGCAUCCCAGAUGAGGGGGAGGAGGACAAGGAACCCGUCCUCCUGCUACCAUCACAGGAUGCCUGUGUCCAUGAUCCGGCCACCGAGGACAUCUUCGUCGUGCCGGGCGAGCCGAAGCAAGAGGAGCUCGUGAGCAAGGUAACAGAGAUACUGAUCUGUGAAGAGGAAGAUCAUAACGAGAUGGUCAGAUCUCCAUCUGGUGUCAGGGAGGCUGAUCAGGAAGAGGUGCUGGUUGAAGCUGUUGCACCUGAUGAUCAGUGUGCUCAGGAGGAAGAAGGCGUCAACAAAACUGGCCUCAGCGUGGGGAACCUGAGGGUGAAUGGUGUCGGCGCGCUCUGCUCGUUUGGGGUUGCAGCAGCCACGUUCUUCAUCUUCCUGCUUGGAGGCAAGCUGCAGCUGCAGCAGCAGAAGCGGCAGGAUCACAAGAUCCACCGCCAGAUGUAUGCCGGCGACGAGAGGAUUCAGCAGGCUGUGCAGCAGGCAUCCAGACUGAACCAGACCAUGUCGUCGGUCAUGGGAGGCGCAUCAUCGGCACGGGCAAGCAUAUCAUUUGGCGGGUACUAUCAGGGGUUCUGAUGCGUCAGUCAGAACUUGGGAUUUCAUGCGCUAUUAGUACUAGAUCAUCCUGUAAUUUAUUGCUUUGUUUGUGCAUUCUUUAUAUUGGCCAGGGCUCUCAGGUGCCAGUGACCUGUGUGUACACUAUCAUUCUCAUGCACCAUGUACAUACAUGUACUGCUCCGGCUACUAGAUGUGAAUACUUGUAUCUGUGAUCAUGGUUCUUGGCUGUGCAUGACCGUUCACUGAA